UCCGUUGAUUUCCGGUUUUCGGCAUAAACCGAGAAGCACGUGUGUGGAGCGGCCUUUCUGUGCGCUUUCAGAGUAUAAAACCUAUGGUAACCGUUUUUUUGAAAUUGCGUCGUAUUUCUUUCUGUGAUUGUCGUCAGUAGAAUAUUGAAACAUGGAAAACGAGACAAAGAAUGAGGCGAAGGAAGAGAUGAAGGAAGAGAUAAAAGCUGACGAUGAUCACUUAAACGGUGAUUCUGCUGCCGAGAUCAGCGAGGACACCAAGACCGCAGAGGUUAAUAACGAUACGCCGACUACUGACGCCGCCGACGAAAAAGCGCAGCAAGAGACAAAAGAAAACGGAAAAGAUGCGGAAGAACCGUCUGAAGUUCUUUUGGCGAAGAUUAGAGCACAAGUGGAGUACUACUUUGGCAAUGUUAAUAUGCAGAGGGAUAAAUUUCUCAUUGAUCAAACAAAACUGGAUGAAGGCUGGGUUCCAAUGACUGUCAUGUUAAAUUUUAAAAUGCUAGCUUCUCUCAGCAAAAAUGUUGAUGUGAUUCUGAAAGCAUUAGAAACCAGCGAUCUCAUGGAAAUAUCUGAGGACAGGAAAAAAAUACGUCGUUCACCAAAGCAUCCACUGCCAGAGUACAAUGAAGGAUAUAGGAAAGCGCAGGAAGCUCGAACGGUUUAUGUUAAAGGUUUUCCGUUCACUGACACAACUAUUGAGAAACUGAAAGCCUUUUUUGAACCGUACAAGCCAUUUGAAACAAUUGUGAUGAGAAAAUAUCUUGAUAAAGAUAAAGUGUUUAAAUUCAAAGGAUCUAUUUUUGUGCAGUUUGAAACUUUCGAUACCGCUAAAGCAUUUAUGAAUAUAGAAUCUGUAAAAUAUGGAGAUACUGAGUUAAUAAGGAAGUGGGCUGCGGAUUAUUAUGUAGAAAAAGCACAAGAGAAGGAGGAACGUAGGAAAAAGAAAGAAAAACCAAAGAAAUCAACUACAGAGGAGACAAAAGAGACUGAAGAUGAUGAAGCUGAACAAACCUCUGCAGGAACAGAUAAUAAAUUACCAAAAGGUUCAAUUAUUUACUUUUCCGGUGUUUCCAAGACGUGUACAAGAGAAGAUGUCAAAGAAUGUUUAGACAAAUUUGAUGCUGAUAUCGCAUACAUCGAUUUUCAAAGAGGACAUACGGAAGGUUGGGUACGUUUGCAGGGAGAAAAUGCUGCUAAACCUUUGUUAGAAAAGACAAACGAAGGCAAGGUGGUAAUCCAAGACAUUGAAGUUACUUGUAAAAUGCUCGAGGGUGAGGAAGAAGAUAAGUACCUUACUAAAGCGAUGGAAGAUAUAGUAGCUUCAAAGAACAAGUUUAACAAAUCCAAGCGAGGCGCUAAGAAGGGACGUGGCGCACGGAGUGCGAAAAAGAGAGGUAACAGUCCCUCACGCGAUACAGUUCCUGCUAAGAAAAGAGCUAUCGAAUAAGAUUGAUUUAUCCUGAAAUCUUCUAAGUUAUAUAGUGUACAUUACAUGUUAUUUUCAUUGCAUUAACUAAUUACAUAGAGAAAAGGAAAUAUUAAAUUAUGUCUAGCAUAAUUUAUCAUU